AUGCUUUUCAAGAGCCCGAAGAGCACUCCUCAAUCUGGUCCUUCGGAGCACCUGCCACUUUAUCGCACAGAGGGGCGUGGUCUCGGAGUCCUCUUUGAGGAUGUCGCGGUUUUUGGGGCUCCUCGUGUACAGAGGCAGGUUGACGAUACCUCGCACCUUUUCCUCAACAUCUUCAAGUGGCCGGUCGACCAAGCUAUGCGGUUUGCCGGAAACCGGCGCCUGGCCCCGAGAUCCAUCGUACAAGACCUCACAGGCGUCUUGUUUCCCGGAGAGACCGCAAUCGUUCUUGGGAAUCCUGGAGCAGGCUGUUCGACCACGUUGAAAGUCAUCGCCAAUCAGCAUCAGGAGUUCUCUAGCGUCGAAGGCAGCAUACAGUAUGCCUCCAUAUCCGGCAAGGCUCUCUCCGCGGAUCUGCAGUCGGAAAUCGUGUACAACAACGAGGACGACAUCCACAUCCCUCACCUCAAAGUCAAGGACACAAUGGACUUCGCUCUUCGAUUGCGCAAACCAGCUGCCGAAAAAGAGUCAGACAAGUUGUUUUCGUCAAACAUGACACAGUCGAUUUUGCAAUCCUUGGGCAUCGCCCACACUGCCGACACGAUCGUGGGCAACUCCUUCGUCCGCGGUGUUUCUGGCGGAGAGCGCAAGAGAGUGUCGCUCGCCGAGGUCCUAGCGGCAAACCCUUCCAUCGUCGCCUGGGACAAUCCGAUUCGCGGACUCGACUCCUCUUCCGCUUUUGAUUUUCUAUAUAUGCUCAAGCAACUCUCCCGGCAGGUGGGCAUGACCAACGCCGUCAGCCUGUAUCAGGCUUCCGAGCCCAUGUACCAGGAAUGCUUCGACAAGGUCAUCCUUUUGUACGAAGGCCGUCUGAUCUUCUUUGGCCCCGUUUCUCGUGCCAAAGCCUACUUUGAGAGUCUUGGGUUCCAGCAGCUUCAUCGUCAGACGACGCCCGAGUUCCUCACGGCCAUCACUGCACCGAACGAACGCCGCAUACGGCCCGAGUACACCGGCCCCCUUUACCUCGACCCCGACUCACUCGCCUCUCGCUUCAGAUCCAGCGACAUAUACACUCAGCUCCUGGAGGAGAUAUCCCGAUACAAGGCCGAAAUUGCGACUCCGGCAGCAGAGGUAGCGUUCCGUCAAGAGGUGUGGAGGACUGUGGACAGGUACCGAAUCUUGAAGAACAUGACUUCCUCACUUCGCCACCAAAUCAUGGUUUCCCUACAACGAUACUUCCGACUACUGUGGAGCGACCGCAUCUCGUUCUUCACCAUCAUAGCUCUCUGCGUGGUGAACGCGUUGCUCUGCGGCUCGGCCUUCUACGACAUUCCCGCGACAGCGACUGGGUCCUACGUUCGCUCCUGCGCCGUCUUCUUCCCGCUCAUCUACUUCUUACUGAACGCCUUGACGGAAGUGAAGGCCACGAUCGACGCUCGCGACAUCCUUCUCAAGCAACAGCAGCUGGGCAUGGUCCAUCCCGUUGCCUACGUCCUCACCGAGACGCUUGGCGGCAUCCCCACGGCCUUCUUACAGACCAUUUUGUUUUCCUGCCUGUUCUACUUCCUCGUCGGAUUGAGCAAGUCUGCCGCUCAGUUCUGGAUAUUUGAGCUUAUUCUGUUUGUCUACUACUUAUCAUACUCGGCUUUAUUCCGCAUGAUGGGAGCAUGGGCGCCUAAUCUGAGUGUUGGGUUCCUCAUGAGUGGCUGCGGAACACCGCUGACAUUGGCUUGGGCUGGCUACGGUCCUCCUUGGCCGACGAUGCUGGGUUGGAGUUCUUGGAUCCGCCGAAUCUCUCCUUCUCCUUACGCGCUGGAGGCGCUCAUGACGAACGAAUUUGAGGGCUUGCAGCUUCACUGCACCCCUGAGGAGUUGGUUCCGUCUGGGCCGUCCUUCAAUGACGUUGCGCACCAGGGGUGUCCUCUGCCAGGCGCCAUGCCCGGCGAAACGACGACGUCGGGCUCCUAUUACCUACAGGAAGUUUACGAUUACCAUCAUCACCAUUUAUGGCGCAACUUUGGUAUCAUUAUCGCAUUCUGGGUUGCCUACACCAUCCUCGCCAGCAUCGGGCUCACAGUCAUGACUCGCAGCAAGAGCAAUGCCAGCGGUCCCGUUUUCAAAUCCGGCGCGGAUGUUGGACACGAUGGAGUAACUCCCAAGAACCACGAUGUGGAUCUCGAGAAGCAGCAACAGCCGGGACAACAGCGGUGUGAUCCUUCCUCCGAAUCGGAUGGAGGUGUAACUCUCAUGCCCGACGAACCCCCAAAGGCCGACGAGAUGAGCAGCGUCUUCACCUUCGAAGACAUCAACUACACUGUCAGCGUGGCCGGAAAGCCCAAGCGCCUUCUCAACGGAGUCAACGGAUACGUUCGCGCCGGUCAGCUCACUGCCUUGAUGGGAGCAUCAGGAGCAGGGAAGACGACUCUACUCGACGUCCUCUCCCAGCGCAAGAGCCAGGGCCAGGUGGAAGGUCACAUGCAGCUGAACUCGUGCGAUAUCUCAGCCUCCUUCGCCCGAUCUUGCGGCUUCGUCCAGCAGGGAGACAUCCACGAGCCGCUAUCGACGGUGCGGGAAGCUCUUCAGUUCUCGGCGUAUCUCCGGCAGCCGGCCGAGGUUUCAGAGGCGGAGAAGGCGGCAUACGCGGAGCACGUUAUUCGGCUAUUGGAGCUUGAGUCCAUCGCGGAUGCGGUGAUUGGCGAGCCUGGAGAUGGGAAGCUUGGGGUCGAAGAGAGGAAGCGUGUCACCAUCGGUGUUGAGUUGGCUGCCAGGCCAUCGGCUCUGCUCUUUCUGGACGAGCCAACCUCUGGCCUCGACAGCCAGGCCGCUUACUCCAUCGUGCGCUUCCUCCGACGCAUCGUCGCCGAGGGUAUCCCCAUCGUCUGCACCAUUCACCAACCCUCCGGCGUCAUCUUCGAAAUGUUCGACCACGUUCUCCUCCUGGCCCCCGGCGGUAACACCGUAUACUUCGGAGAAACCGGAGACGGGUGCGAGGAACUGGUCGAGUACUUCGCAAAGUACGGAGAGAACAUGGACGACAACCAGAACCCGGCAGAGUUUAUCAUCUCUGCGGUUAACAAGAAGCCGGCGAUACGAGAUUGGGCGCAAACAUGGAGAGACUCACCGGAGGCAGCAAGUUUGCGGCAAAGGAUUGAUGAUUUGAAGCGACAAUUGAGAUCCAAUGCUCAGUCGGAAGAUGCAUCUCAGCAGUCUACCUUCGCGCAGCCCCUGGGGAAGCAGAUGUACGCUCUCACCAUCCGCCACGCCAGGACGAUUUGGCGCCAUGGUCCUUACAACCUCAGCCGGUUCACCAAGUCCAUCUUCUACUCCCUCAUCAUCUCGUUCUCCUAUUUCCAGGCCGAUACAGAUGUGCUUUCUCUGCAGAACCGUGCCGUCAGCGUCCUCAUCAUUUCCUGGAUCAUCCCCGUCAUCGCAGCCGACUUCCACGCAAUCUGGUUCGACCGUUGGUCCAUCUUUGAAGGUCGCGAGAGGAAUGGCAUCUACGACUACAAGGCUUUGCUGUUCGCUCUCAUCAUCGUUGAGAUCCCGUGGAACCUGGUUCUGUGGACUCUUGUUUUCUUGUGCAACUACUGGACCAUCGGAUUCACAAACGCAACCACAAACGCCGGCUUCACCUACUUCUCGUACCUGCUGCUGUCUCUCUUUUGCAUCGGCUUCUGCUUCCUCAUGCCCUCCCUCUUCGGGACGAAGACCUUGGCCGGCUACGCCAGCUCGCUGUUCUGGGUUCUUCUGAUGAUGUUCUCCGGUAUGCUCCAGCCUCACAUCGGGAUGAACGAUUUCUAUCGUCCCUGGCUCUUCUGGGUCGACCCCAUGCGCUAUUUUAUCGGGGCCAUCGUCUCCAGCGCGAUGAACGAGGUCGAGGUGCAUUGUGCAGAGAGGGACCUCGCACAUUUUAUCCCGCCAGCCGGUGAGACGUGCUACGACUAUGCGGCGUCGUUUCUUGAGACCAGUGCCGGGUAUCUCCUGAACCCGAACGGGACCGAGGGCUGCUCCUACUGCAAAUACACCACCGGCAAUGACUACCUCGACACGCUCGACUAUGCUUACGCGGACCGCUGGAGGGAUUGGGCGGUGUUUCUUGGUUGGUGUCUUGUGAACUUUGGUUUGAUUUGGUUCGUUACUUGGGUUAGUCGGAUCAGAUUCAGACUUGCAUGA